AUGAGAUUCAUUUCUGUCACGCUCUGCACUUUCGAGCCGGUCUCCCCGCUCGUUCUGUUCUGCCCUAAUUUUCGGCCGCCGCCGGCAGAUGGCAGCAGUGCUGCCGCGGACGGCCGCCGGGUUGGGCCGUGUCAGUGGUUCGUCCGCCGGCGGGGCCGUGAGGGUUGUGCGCGCGUGUGGUGCCCCUGGCCGGCGCAGGGCGCUCACGCCGACGGGUGGGUGGGUCCGUGGGAAGUGCUGACUGCCGGCGGCUCGGAGGUCGGAACGUCAACUUCGGCUGGUGACUGCAAGGGCCUGACCAUGAGCGAGUUUCGAGCCAAGGACAUCGGCAUGCGCGCCCAAAAGAAACUCGCCAGCAAGCUGAGCAACAAGACGGUGGCCAAGAUGCUGGUGGACGACAACACCAGUCAGCUGCUGGAUAACCUCUGCCUUCUCUGCAAACAAGUGAGCGGCGACAAGGCGGCCGCCGAGAAGGUCACCAAGAACAUCAUUAAGGUCAUGGUGAAGGUGGGCCUGCUGAACCGCAACGACCAGUUCAACGCCGAGGAGCGUCAGCUGGCCAACAAGUUCCAGCGCCAGUUCCAGACCACGGCGCUCACCAUCAUCAGCUUCUACGAGGUGGACUUCACGUACGACCACGACUUUAUCCUGAAGAGCCUGGCGGACAUGCAGGCAACGAUACUGGCGCUGAUCGAGCGCCAUCUCACGGACAAAACCAAAGCGCGGGUGAAGCAUGUGUUCGGAUUUUUCGCGCGCGAGCAGUUUUUGGACGCGGUGUUCGCCAGUGGCUCCUCGCACCGUGCGCUGCUCGGGAGUCUUACUGACGACCUGCACACCCUCCUAGAGACGUUUGAGGACAGCGCCGGCUGAUCAGGUCGGAGCCUAGCCACGCAGCUGUCCGUUGACGGUGCAGGUAACCUAGGUAACCAGCGGCCAGUACUGGUGCGAUCCACGGGGAAAAGUGAAUAGGCAAACCUGUGAAGCAAACGCUUGGUGGAGUCACCACCGCUGUUCUGUAUGAUGCUUGUCAGCGCUGGUGGAUGCUUAGGAUAUUGCAUUUCAUGUCAGGUGCGAUCGCAUGAUUUUAUGAGCGUGCGAGUAUGCCCAUCUGUCAUCUAUGUAUUAUUCCCUCAUGUUCUGUGAAUUAUAGUUUGUUGGAUGCUGGGACCGCAUUAUUUUGAUCGGCUCGUAAUGCUCUCAUGUAUCUUGCUCGUGCAUGGUCCGUGCAAAUAGUCGUCGCCAUCUGAAUUAUCUGUUGUUCACAUUUUAGCUCACUCAGUCUGCCAGAAACAUCGGCCUUAGCCGCUGUGACUUACAACAUUUGCUAGUGUGAUAAGGUGUAUGCGUCAGUUGUGCUGAUAUUUUAUACGCUAGUCAUAUGUAUGAGUUGACCAGAUUUUGCAUGCUGAUGUGUACCUCUAUACUGUCGCGAAAACGCUGUAGGGCAGCGAUAACAUGGGAAAAGUUUAGUUUUGAAACUGUAGAUUUCUGCAAGAUAUGUUGUUUUAUUGAUUAGGUUGAGAUAAUUAAAAAUAAUAUACUAUGCUAUUUACGGCCCUCCAGGUAUUUAGUAGUUGGUUGCCAGUAUCACAUAAGCAAUCUGCAUUGAUGAAUACGUCUAAUGGCUGUUGGAAACCAUUGCCGAAGUGUGUGCACGAACCCUCUUCUCAUUUCUAUUGAGUCAUUUUACAGGGGUGUCUCUGUCAUUCAAAGUUAUUGCACCAAAAGCACAUAGGCUAACCAACCACUCUUUUGCUGGAGGGCCGUACUUGCUGAGUGCCACUUUGAGAAACCAAGUUCCACAAAAGUGUACUAUAACAUGUGCUUACAGCUAAGGUUUUCGCUGCUGAAGUAAUUAUACCGAUAUUUAUGUUCACUAUUUUGGUUUGCGUUUGUCAUUGUAUUUGUGACCGUUUGGUGGACAGAGGUCCGCGGAUGUUUUUGUUUUCAGACAGCAGACCCAGAACCCACUGCUCUCGUUUUCGGCGCUCAGACUUUUUUCGAGCUCCCACCGAUAAAUACGUGAAUACGUGAAUACGUGAAUCUGGUUCUAUAAUUUAAUAAACCUCAGACUGCUAUCAAAAUACAGGACAGUGGUCAGA